AUGGCGCUCGAGCAGCUGCGUCAAGCGGAGUCCUUCAAAGAAGAGGGCAACCACCAGCACCGCGAAGGUAACUACCGAAAGGCCCUGGGCUGCUACCACAAGGUCUUUUGCUUCGUCAACGGCCUGGUGGCGCCGCAGAACCAGGAUGUGGCCAAGCCCGCGGAGAAUCACAUCCCCGCAGAGAAGGUGGAAGAGGUGAAGCGCUUGAAGCAGACCACUCGCCUGAACAUGGCGGCAUGCUACCUGAAGCUGGGGGAGAACCAAAAGUGCGUGGAUGCCUGCACCGCAGCGCUGGACUUUGGUCCUCACGCCAAGGCCUACUUCCGGCGGGCGCAGGCCUAUGUGGAGCUGAGGAAUUUCAGCGACGCCGGGGCGGACCUGGACCGCGCCGGGGCGCUGGAGCCCAAGGACCAGGCCAUCCAGCAGCAGAUCCACCAGGUGCGGCGCAGCAUGCGCCGGGGCGACGCCGAGAAAGCCUUCGGAGGCAUCUUUGAGGCUCCGGCUGGCGAGGCCCAGGCAAAGGAGGAGAAAGCAGUGGAAAAGAAGGAGGAGACGGAGGAGGAGAAGGAGGAGAAAGUGGAGGAAAAGAAGGAGGAGGCCAAGCAGCCGCAGGAGAAGAAGGAUGAGAAGGAGGAGAAGGAGGAGGAGGCUCCCAUCGAUCCGCUUCUGGUGCCGGACGAGGCGAAGAAGUUUGAGACCCAGGUCCGGGAGCUAAGCUAUGCCUGGCAGCAGACGGACGAGGAGGUGAAGGUCUACAUCCCCUUCGACCAGUCCGAGGAGUUGAGCAACCUCCAGGAGUCUCAGGCCGUGGUGCGCUGA